AUGCCGCUCAAAGGGGCGCGCGGGGGCAGUGCAGCGCGCGCUGCCGCCCUAUGCUUGUGCCUCCUCGGCUCAUGUAUUGCACAGCCUGGAGGCCUCCCUCCGCGUCCUUCUACGGUGCUGACACCGGCGCCGCUGCUGCUGGCGUCGCCGGAUGACUGGAUCGGGCUGACUCAGCCGGGCACGGGGCAGCCCGUCAACGCGGAGCAAACGCGCGUGCCUCCGGGCGCCACCGAGAUUGAGCUGCAGUUGACAGGCCCAGAGGCGGUGGCGACGGAUGACACAGUGGAUCUGAUGCGGUCAACCCUGGCAGAGGUGCUACCAGUGACGUACCAGGGGAUCAACCCAGUCGCAUACAAAAACGUGACCAGCUGUCCGGAAUUGCCCGGGGAGGGCAGCCCGUCCGGCGCCCCUGCACCCAGCGGCGGCCGCCGGCUUCUCGCUGACUUCCCGGUGCCGAGGCGCGCGCUGCGAGCGGAGCCGGCCUACGCGCCGCCGCCGGAGUCGGCCUGCGACCCGAAGAUGCGCGCCGUUUUCCUGCUGACAUUUCCCCCGGACAUCAAUGGCACGCAGGGCCAGGCGCUCAUCAGGGACGUCGUGCACACCGGGGUGUAUGCUGCGCGGCUCAAGCGGCGGAAGCUGGACAUAGACAGAGUGGAGCUGCUGGCUUCCAUGCGCGGUGACUCACCCGGCGACGCUUACACCGCCGCCGUCGCGCCCCCAGGUGAGGACGCGCUGAAGAGCGAAGUUGUGAACUUGGCGCCUGCACCGGCCUUUGAUCCAGCGGCGAUGGCGAAAUCACUUCCCAACGGCACGCAGACCAACGUGUAUUUCACCCUCGUCCUCACCGGCUACGAUGCAGUGGACACAAACGGUAACUUCCUGCUGGCUCUAACGCGGCUGCUGACGGAUACUCUCAACACGGGGGACGUGGAUUACCUCACCCCGGAGAACACUGCCGUCACCGACGUUUCAAAUUUGAAACCGCUGGCGCUGCCGAGCGGCACCGGCCGCCGGCGGCUGCUGUCGGAUUCGGGAGCGGCCGACGCGGCUGUGACUAGAAGAGGGCACCCCAAGAUUGUGGGGGGAUCCCGAGCCGGCUCAGUGGCAGCAGCAGACGGCCGGCCGCGCAAGGGACAGGAGGGUUCAGAAGCAGCCAUUGCAGCAGAUUUCACCGCAGCAAAUGGGCAGCCGCAGAAGGGUUGGUCCAAGGCUAUUACCGCCGGCAAAGGGUUGCCGGGAAUUGAGGGCAAGGGUUCAGGGGGCGCAAAGAAAACUGCGGGAGAUUUGGUGGCCGCCAAGGGGUCGCAGCGAGUAAGCGCUGACCGGACGGUGACGAGACUCGGCCUCGUCAGAAUCCGCGUGCCCGGGGCCGGCCAGCCUGAUGAAGAAGAGGAAAUCCAGGUGGGGGCCAGUUGGCAGGUUGGGGAGGGUGAGUCACUGGGUGGCAGCCUAGAGGAGCAGCACCAGCACUGGAAAAGCCGCCUAGCUUCCAGGGCCGGGGAGUUGUGCAAUCUACGGGAAGGGGCGCGCGCCGCGGGCACGCACUGUCUCCGGCACCGUUCCCUGCUUCAGGCCCCCCAGGGGUCCCCCCCCGUUAUCGCCCCCGCCCCGGGCCCCGUAAAUCUUACAGAUGACUUUGCGCUCGCCAAUCUCGGGCCCGUGCCAACUCUGGCCGUCUCUUAUGAAGUCUUUGCUGUUCCCUCGCCGGGGCCGGCGAUAAUAGCGGACAAGUUGUCCUACUUCAUCCGAACGGGGCUGAUGGUCAAACUGUUCCAGUCUCAGGGGUUCCGUAUCGAUUAUGUGCAGCUCGCAAAAUAUUCACCCUCUCCCAACAGUGCAACUCCCCCGCCUGAAGCCGGCGUCGCCACCGCCGAAGCAGGCUCGAGCGGGCUGGGGACUGCAAAGCUUGUGGGAGUGAUCAUCAUUCCGAUCGCAGUCGUGGCGAUAGUAACCGCUGCCGUCUUCGCGUACCUCUUCUUCCGCAACAAGAAACGCUUCAGCACAGCGGGAAGUGAGCGGCCGGUGAAGGACAGUGCGCAGAGCAUGCACAGCGCGCGGUCGAGCGGCAAGAGCGACAUGCGCACGUCGGGAAGCGGAUCGACCACCGUCCGCUCCAUGCUCGACACCCUCGUCUCCGGCCGAGGGGGCAUCUCCGCACAGGAGGCGCUGGCGCUGGCUUCAAUGAGCAGGAAGUCAUUGACGCUGCCAGGCAUGAAGUCCGACUGGGAGAUUGAUCCGGACGAGCUUGAAAUCUGCCGCCGCACCGACGGCUCCGAGUGGGAGCUGGGAUCCGGCGCGUCCGCCCGGGUGUACAAGGCGACGCGCACGGGCGUGCAGAUUGUGGCGGUGAAGAUAUUUACGGACCAGGUGACGGCGGAGCACCAGCUUCGGUACGCAGAGGCGUUCAGGCGCGAGAUAUUCAUUCUGCGCUCAUGCCACGACCGCAACAUCGUCCAGUUCAUCGGGGCCUGCCUGCAGGAGGGCCAGACGAUCCUGGUGCAGGAGUAUAUGGAGAACGGCGAUUUGUUCCAUGCCAUCGCAGAGGACACCCACUCGCAGCGCUUCGGCUGGUACCGUCAGCGCCUGCCCACCGGCCGCCUCGCCCCCGCCACCGGCAUGGCCAGAAGAAUCGCCCUGGACAUCGCUCGCGGCCUGUUCUUCCUCCACUCCCGCAAGGUGGUCCACUUUGAUCUGAAGAGCGCCAACAUUCUGCUGGCGCGCGAUUGGACGGCCAAGAUCGCGGACGUGGGCCUCGCCAAAAUCCUCAAGGACGGCUGGCUCUCCACCCUGCGCGAGGUGGGCACCUUUUCGUGGGCUGCCCCGGAGGUCUUGCUGGGGCGUCCAUGCACAGAGAAGGUGGACAUUUAUUCCUUCGGCGUCGUGCUCUGGGAACUAUCAGCGGGGGAGGCACCCCCCGGCCGCCACCUGCGACCCCUCAGGGUCCCUGAGGAGUGCCCUGCUGACGUGGAGGCGAUGAUAGCGCGGUGCUUGGACAACGAUCCCGACGCGCGGCCGAGCGCGCGCGAACUCGUCGACUUCAUGGUCGAGCUCCCGCACGCCAGCAGCCGCGAAGACGGCUCAACCGGCGCCGCGUCUGCAUCGACCGAGCUGUCUUGUUCAGGCGCGCUGGGCGAGCCAGAGCAAUUACUGACGGCUGGCCGCAGCCUGGCGCCGGUGUCGCCAAAGCAGCCGCCGGCCGGAAUGGUGCUUCCCAACACCUUCGGCCUGCUCUCCAUGCAGUCCUUCCGACGCAACAACUCCUUCAAGCGCGCCAACUCCGGGCUGGCCCGCGCGCAGUCGGGCGAGGCGCCAGCAGCGAAGCAGGAGGGGCAUGCCACGACGGCGCCCGGUGGGCAGGCCACAACAUCGGCAGCCGACGAGAAGCCGCCGAAGCCGCAGAAGCGCUCGGGCGUGACUAUUCCAAGCGCGUUCAAAUACCUUACCUCCACCUCGUUCAAACGCGAGGCCCCGCCGCCGCCGCCUGGCGUUCCCUCCAUCCCCGACGCCCCAGAAGAGGAGCUGGAGGCGGCAGUGAUGGAGAGCAACAAGAGCCUGAGCGCGGCAGCUGCCAAGGCGGCAGAGGCGGCAGUGAAGCAGGCCUUGCAGGAGCAGCAGGGGGUGUCUGAGCUGCCUCCCAGCGAGGCAAUCGCCCCUGGGGGAUACCCUGCCAAGGGCGAUGCCCUCGGCGCCCCCAGAAAGACCGUCCACUUCAGCGACGCUGAGAAUGCCCCGGCAGACGCGCGCAACAGGCAGCAGACAGCUUCAAGCUCUGCCGCUGCUGAGAGCAGAGGAGUGCCGGGCGGGGAAAAUGCGCGGGGGAGCAGAGCCGAGGGUCAGGCAGGGUUCAGGGGAGGCGAGGAAGGUUUGGCGGAGCCGGCGUCACAGCGGACGAGGCCGGACACUGGGCAGCAGGAGAGAGGCAACACCGCGCGGCCGAAUGGCAGCCCGGUGAUGUCACCGUUCGCGGCAGCCGAUGACGGGGCGUCGGCGGGCGGCCAGCCGCUGCGGGAAGCUCCCUCGGCAGCUUCUGGGGCAGCUGCGCGGCCUGCAGCGGUCGUCAGGAGCCCCUUUGCUUCGGACAAUGACUCAGCGCCUGAUCAGCCGACGCGGGAAGCUUCCUCGGCUGCUUCCAGGGCAGCUCCUCGGCCUGCUGCCGUCUUCAGAAGCCCCUUUGCGUCCGAGGAUGACUCAUCGCCUGAUCAGGCGCCCCAGGAAGCUUCCACCACAGCUUCCUCAGCAGCUUCCAGGCAGGCUGUAAAAGUGAGGAGCCCUUUUGCUUCAGCGGAUGGAGCAGAAAUGCAGGAAACACCCGAUGCAGCGCCAGCUGGCUUCAGCCCAUUCGCAGCUGCGCAGCAGGGAAGUGAUGUGUCAGCAGCGGCGCCUGCGAAGCCUUCACCCUCGAAGGGCCGGCCGCCUGUCAUCAGAAGUGCCUUCGAAAUGGAGUAA